UCUUCCCUCAAAAGCAAUUCCACACUCUCUUGUUUACCGCCGGUAGCAUUAUUUGACAAUGGCAAAGAAGAAGAAAGAAGUACCACCACCAUCCUCCUCAUCGGAGUCUUCAUCAGAUUCUGAUGGUGAAGAGGAACCUCCUGCCAAGAAACCGCGAGGUUCAGAAGCAGCGGUGUCCUCUCAACUGGAGUUGGCACCCGCUUUGACCCCUGUAAAGAACACUGGCAAAACAAAACCAAUCAUUGUUCUGUUGGAUCAAGCCACAGUUGAAACGAUAAAAAAUCGACGUGGGGUCUAUGAGCUGCUGAAUUGCGAUGAUCAUAGAGACCUCUGCAAGAAGAAACUCCACAAGGAUCCCAACAUCUUUCGACCUGAUAUUCUGCAUCAAGAGCUCUUGGCACUUUUGGAUAGCCCACUAAACAAAGCUGGAAUGCUGAAAAUCUACAUUCAGACCUCCAAAAACGUUCUCAUUGAUGUCAACCCGGCUAUAAGGAUACCAAGGACUUACAAACGGUUUGCUGGGCUCAUGGUCCAGUUAUUGCACAAGCUUAAGAUCAAAGCUUCUUCUGAGUCGACAACUCUCUUGAAGGUUAUCAAGAAUCCAUUUUCGCAGUAUCUGCCUCCUGGAACUCGCUGUUAUGGCAUGUCCUGUGAAGGGACUCUAUACUCCCCAGUGGCCAUGGCCAAAGCACUAGUUCCUGCUGUUCCCGAUGACAGCCCUGCGCCAACCUGCUUUGUGGUGGGGGCAAUGUCGACAGGUCAUGUCACCAUCGAGGAUCAUCCGUAUAUUGAAAAAAUGAUGAGUGUCAGUGAAUAUCCGUUGAGUGGAGCUGCAGCACUAUCAAGACUGACGUUUGGAAUUGAGCAUCACUGGGGAAUUGUUUAGGUUUUUCUGGCUACAAAAUAGACGAAUCGAAUGAGCGUAAACAACCAACGAAUGCAAACACCGAGUGACAGCUUCAGAUCCGCCACAAAGGCCCAUAGCAUGAGAUCACAUUUUGUUCCACAUGAGCUUUGAGCGAAAGUUAUGAAUAUGAAAGGUCUCUUUUUUUUUAAACACGAGGUCCAUAACUCUACCCCUAAUACUUCAAUCAUCGAAUUUGACCUGCAACCAAAAAAACUCAACCAUGACGCUCGGAGUGGCUCCCAGCGACGGCACUUCAGAUUUUUAUGUGAACCAACCACACGGCUAUCGUUUUUAGUUGCAAUAGAGUUGGAAAUAGUCUCCAAAUAUGUUACCCCCACCUAUCUUAGUGUAGUCAUUUGAGAAGUCUGAAGCAAAUCUUGGGGGUUGACCCAUGCAUCUGGUGUAAAUAAGAAUUCUUACUGUCGUUGUUAGUCUAUGUAG